CCGUCAUCAGUCGCAAGAGAAUUUAUGUAGAACUUGGAUUGGGAAGGGGAAAAGAUGGAGUUCAAAGAAAAGUCUCAACUUAGAAAGAAAAUUUCGGGUGGGAAAGAAAAAGGUGGAUCUAGUUAGCCCUAAUUGGAAGGAGGAGAAGGCUUCAGCGCUAGGACGAGGUCGGAGGAUGUUGGAGUCUUGUCUGUGCGUAGUCGACUACUAGGGGUCGCGGAAGCCUCUGUGAGACAAUCGGCGUUGAAAUGAGUCCAAUGUUAUGUUAUUUGGGAAAUUGAUGUUGGGAGCAACUGGCGUGCAGUGAGCUGUUAUCGAGAAGACUGGAGCAGUAGGAGGAUUUGGAUUCUCGUCCAACAGGAUCAGUAGUAAUGGGGGGUCCUGCGUUGCCUCCGAAGGAGAACAACCUCUUCAAGCUCAUAGUGAAAUCAUAUGAGACGAAGCAGUACAAAAAAGGGUUGAAGGCUUCGGACCAAAUACUUCGAAAGUUUCCUGAGCAUGGAGAAACUUUGGCGAUGAAGGGUUUGAUUCUCAAUUGCAUGGAUAGGAAAGCAGAGGCUUUUGAGCUUGUCCGUAAAGGUCUGAAGAACGAUCUAAAGAGUCAUGUUUGUUGGCAUGUCUACGGACUUUUGUACCGUUCUGAUCGUGAUUACCGGGAGGCCAUCAAAUGUUAUCGAUGUGCCCUUCGGAUUGAUCCAGAGAAUAUUCAAAUCCUCAGAGAUUUGUCACUGCUUCAGGCACAAAUGCGGGAGCUAGUCGGGUUUGUUGAAACUAGAAGACAGCUACUUACACUGAAGCCUAGCCAUCGCAACAAUUGGAUCGGCUUCGCUAUUGCGCAUCAUAUAAAUCAUGAGCCUGCGAUGGCUGUAAAUAUAUUGGAUGCAUAUGAAGGAACUUUGGAAGAGGAUUUUCCUCCUGAAAGUGAGCGGUAUGAGCACAGUGAAAUGCUCCUUUAUAAGGCCACUGUAUUGGAAGAAGCAGGACAACCAGAGAAGGCAUUAGAAGAGCUUGCAAAGAAAGAAGAGAAGAUUGUGGACAAGCUGGGACUUAGGGAACACCGUGCCUCGUUGUAUUUGCAAACAAAUCAUGUAGCUGAAGCUGAGGAAAUUUAUCGAAAACUCCUUGACGUUAACCCUGACAAUUACCUCUACUACGAGGGUGUGCAAAAAUGUCUUGGAUUAGCACCAAAUGGAGGAAUUUACACCUCCGAGCAGGUGCAGAAGCUAGAGCAAGUGUAUAAUGACCUUUGCAAAAAAUAUCCUCGCUCUGCGGCUGCCAAGCGUAUCCCAUUGGACUUCUUGGAAGAGGAUGCAUUCAAAGCAGCAUUUGAGCAGUAUGUUCGCCCGGUUUUGAAGAAGGGUGUGCCGUCACUUUUUUCGGACCUUCGCUCAUUGUAUAGUCAUCCUAGAAAGGUUGAAAUGAUGGAGGAAGUCUUUCUUAAAAUCGUGACUUCCCUUGAAACUUCAAAAACUUUUCCUGGCAGUAGCGAUGUUGAGUCACCGUCAACCUACUUGUGGACUCUUUAUCUUCUUGCGCAGCACUUUGAUCAAAGACGGCAAUAUGAGAAGGCACUUUCCUAUAUUGAUCAAGCAAUUGCUCACACACCCACUGUUAUCGACUUGUAUCUUGUUAAGGGAAGAAUUAAGAAGCAUGCUGGAGAUCCUGUGGCCGCUGCAGCUUUAGCUGAUGAAGCUCGGACCAUGGACCUUGCUGAUCGAUUUUUGAAUAGUGAGUGUGUGAAACGCAUGCUGCAAGCAGACCAGGUCGAACUUGCAGAAAAGACUGCUGUACUCUUUACCAAGGAUGGUGAUCAGCACAAUAACUUAUUUGACAUGCAGUGUAUGUGGUAUGAGCUAGCAUCUGGUGACAGCCAUUUCAGACAAGGUAAUAUGGGUAAGGCUUUGAAAAAGUACUUGUCGGUGGAGAAACAUUACAAUGACAUGGUUGAAGACCAGUUUGAUUUCCACACUUACUGCUUACGCAAAAUGACGUUGCGGGCAUAUAUCCGGAUGCUGCGCUUCCAGGAUCACCUUCAUUCUCAUCGUUUCUUUUUUAGGGCUGCUACUUCGGCCAUCAGGUGCUACAUUAAAUUGCAUGAUUCUCCUCCUAAGGCAGUAGCAGAAGAACAGGAAGCAGUCAUAGCAGGUUUGCCUGCUGCAGAACGAAAGAAAAUGCGCCAGAAACUUCGCAAAGCAGAAGCGAAAGCUAAGAAGGAGGCGGAGGAAAAGGCAAAGGAGGAAAUUGCUGCUGUCGUGACGAGCAAAGGAGGGAAGAAGGCUACACAUGUAUCUCGACCUGUGGAUACAGAUCCCGAUGGUGACAAGCUACUGCAUGUUGAGGAUCCUUUGAGUGAAGCCCUGAAGUAUUUAAGACUUUUGCAAGAACAUUCUGCAGAUGCUCUUGAAACCCAUCUCCUUGCCUUCGAAGUGUACUUCCGCAAAGGCAAGAAACUACUCGCUCUUCAGGCCGUGAAGAAGCAGUUGGUAUUGGAUCCCAGCAGCCCUGAUGUUCACCGUUGUUUGAUUCGCUUGUUUGAAUCCUUGGACAAGCAACCGAAACCCGAUUCUCAUGCUGACGAGAUCAUCCACAAUGUGAUUGCUAUGGAAAGAGCAUCGUUGAAAGAACUCGGCAGCAAAUCACUUUUGGAUGUCAACAGAGAUUUUCUUGAGGCCCAUGGUGAUUCCUUGAAGCAUAGAGCUGCUGCAGCAGAAAUCAGUCUUCUUCUCAGCCCGGAAGCAAAGUCAGAGGCAAUCAAGAUUGUUGAAGAUUCCUCUGAGGACCAUGCUUCUAGCUUUGAAAAGCAGUGGCGUGCCACCAGCAAAAAGUGGAUGGCUUCUCAAGGAUUGUGUAGCUGUACAUCAGUUGUUGGAGAUUUCUUUCAAAGAUGCAGCUGCUGCAUCAAGGUGGUCAGCACGUUGUGCGGAAUUGUUCCCCUAUUCAAUAUAUUUUAAGGGUGCGAAAAGCUCUGCAGUAGUAGGAGUGGCUAACACAAUAGGUUUAAAUCAUUCCGACAAGGUAGAGGUUGAAUCUGGUAGAGUAGGGGAGAAAGACCUCUCGGUAUCAGUAAAUGGUUGCCUUAGGGACCUGGCUUUGAACUAAGAAAAGGUGUUUUGGGUUUUUAAUCUUUGGUCUUUUGAGGUUAUCUGGUUGCUGUCGACCUUACCCUAGAGAGGAACACAGUUGGGUCCUUUCAGGAGCUCAGAUGAGUCUCAGUUUUUGUGGAUAACCUGUUACUUGUUUAGAGUCACGAAAUGAGUUAGCCUCAUGUCUUUUAGUUUUUAAUUUGAUCGUUUACUUCUGGAAUUGUAGUUGAACGAAGCUAUAGAUAGAAAUAGGACAAGGUGUGAGUUCAAGUAUUAUUGGAAGUUACAGAAUCAGGUAUCAUCUUGUGAUGCUUAUCGUCAAAGUGGAAUUGUUCCGACGGGUGCAUGAGACGGAUUGCAUCCAACGACUAAAUUUCUCUUCAGA